AGUUCGCACAUCGCUGAGCAACUUUACACAGAAUAGUACCAUUCAAUACGCCAGCGUGGAUAACGUCAAAUAAAGCUAAAUGACGUUACUUUAACAAAAAUACGCAUUGGAAGCAAUAUUUAAUUUGUGUGAAAAUGGAUUUCUUACAAUUGGAGGCAAAAGCGAAUUUCAUAGUAACGUUAUUGUUCAUUACGCUUUCUUUUACUUUUGUUGCAACAGUGGGUCCUGAGUAUGUCAUCGUAAACAGACAAAUAUCUCAUAGUGAUAUAAAGCCGGAAUUUGUGGCGUUCGACCGGCAACGCCGAGAUGCCGACGUCGCGUCGCCAGCGGCACCACCUACUUCACCUACUGCUUCGCCAAUAGCAACGAAUAUUACCAACAUUGCAAACACAACAGCUGCGAUUACGAUAAACACCACUGCCAGUAAAGAAAAAUCCGUAAAUGAGACUGAAAAAACGACUUCCAAAACCGUAGCCGAUGAGACAAAUACGCCGCUACUUGGGUUCAACAAUUCAGGGACACUACACGUUAAUGUCCCCGAUAACAUGCCCAAAGUCAGCGACCCGAUACUGCCAGACGACAAUGUUAAUGACGUGUUCAAAGAAACCCCGGAAACUAUAAAGGCCGAACAGAAUCUCACUCAACUAAAUUACGAUAACCACAGUUUCUAUAACAGUACGUUCAUUGGGAGCGUUGAAUAUUUCCAAGAAUACUGGGCAAACAUAACUCAACACAAACCUAUCGUGCACGAGCUCCUCAGCGAUUCUCAUCGGCGCGCCACUACGCUGACUCUCAGUUUCGAUUUCCCAUUCUACGGGCAUCCAGUGAAAAGUAUAACGGUCGCGACCGGCGGUUUUAUCUACACCGGCGACCACGUUCACAACUGGCUGGCCGCCACUCAAUAUAUCGCACCGCUCAUGGCCAACUUCGACACCAAGCUAACCAACGACAGCGUUGUGAAGCUGAGUGACGAUGGUGAAAAAUUCACCGUGUUCUGGGAGAACGUGACCCUGCAAGAAGAUCCGAGUAAGAAGUUUACGUUCGCUGUGACCCUCUACAAGAACGGAGACAUUAUAUUCGCGUACAAGGAUAUCCCCAUCCCCGUGCAGGCCAUCAACGACACCGAGCAUCCGGUCAAAGUCGGCAUCAGCGACGCCUACCUCAACGACAAAAUAUUAUUCUAUGUGAGACGUAAAACGAUCUACGAGUACCACCGCGUGUCGUUCAAGAAUCAUGAGAUAUCCAACAUGACUAUAUUGAAGCUGGUUGCUCUGCCCACGUGCCUGCAGUAUGACUCAUGCCAGAGCUGCGUCAACCACGACACCGGAUUCAAUUGCCUGUGGUGUGAAUAUAUUAAGAAAUGUUCAAGUGGAACCGACCGAAACAAACAGGACUGGCUCCUCAGAAAUUGCGACAAGUUCACUAUAUCAAAGGAGGCGUCGUGUCCGGGGAACACGCACGUGGACCAGCCGGCCGGAGGGAACACCGCCUACACCACGGACACGCGUACCUCCCACGAAACCGCCGUCGUCAACAACGGUGAUGCCGAGGAGCCCAUGAAAUCUACGUUAAAACUACCCACUGGCACGUCACCGGCGGAGGCGACUUACGCGUCUUCUCCCGUUGGUGGGGUGGUCGCUGCGUUUGUGGCCAUCACGCUCGUAUGCAGCUUCACCGCCUGGGUCCUUUACGCGUUCAAAAACCCUCACACGCGCAGCGGACAAAUUCUCAUCAAGUAUCGGCCGUCGCAAUGGAGCUGGAGACGCGGCGAGGCUCGCUACACGGCUGCCACCAUACACAUGUAGAGUUUUCACAUCCGGUCGGCGCUAACCGGUGCACUUCCGGCCACUUAAAAUCGACACAGAUUGCUUCGAACACAUUACGUACUAUGAAAAACAUCAUUCAUAAACAAUUAACAACGCAAUUUGAUUUGACAAAGAUAAUUUGAUUAAUAAAACUUCGUUGACUUUUUUUUAUGUAUACAUGUUUACUCUUACGAAUAUUACGAUUGAGCCUAAGAUUAUUGAUGAUGAUUUUUUAAUUAUUAAAACGAUUGUGCCUUAUAAAAAACAUAUACAUUUGUACUUGCUGUUUUCUGUGGUAUGUUAACCUAUGUCGUCCCUACUAACCUACACUAGGUAUCGGGUAAAGCGUUAUAUCUUUGAACUCGGUCCUUAAGUACGUAUAAGUAAUUCCAUGUACUUUCUAAGACAAUUGUGUUACUUAAAUUUCGUAGCAAUCUGAGCUUAAUAGAUAUAUUUACAUCACGCGAAUAUAUAUGUAUGUUAUAAAGAAAAUGCAGCUUUUAUAUCUUUGAGUUCCGUAAGACCAGCUGAAACUCCGUCCUCAUUUUAAGUAAUAUAUAUUAUAUAUAUAUAAAUAAUAAGAGCAUGAAUUAAUGUAAGAUUAUAAAAAAAAAAUUAUGUAAGCUAGAUUAGGUUAAAAUCUUUUUAAAUAUUUUAUGUUUUGAUCAAUUAAAGAAAUUUAUCAGUAAUUGUUAUAAAUGUCACAUUUUACGUGUGAAUAAUAAUUAUAUUAUAUUAAAAAUAUAGAACGUCUGUCUGUCUUAAGCCCGGUUACUAAGAUAUAAAAGCGAUUCGUUUUACUUGCCGAUAGUACAAUUAUCUGUUUACAGAUUACAUUCAUUUAUAAAACAUUCGUAUGUAUAAUCUCCAUACAUUUACCCAAUUAAGUACCGCUAUGUACCUUCUGAGCUAUGAGUAGCAAGGUAGGUAGCUCCCUAAUUUACGCCUCGUAGAUUUCAAACGAAUCGUUUCCAGUGUGUAGUAACUGGGUAUAAGUAACUGAUUCUAUCGUGCUAAUUACAAUUGUGCCUUUAUUUUGAUACCGAUUUAAACUAAUUAGAAUUUAAAAAGAAUAAAUGUACUUACGUAAAUAAAUCUGUAUAACGUCAUAAAAGUCGUUUGAUAAAAUAACAUAAGAUUGAAAUAUAUAAACGCACAUUGACUUAAUAAUAUGAAAAUUAAGUGUUAAAAUGAUAUAUGGUAAUCUUAAAGUAUAUUACAUUUAACUAAUACUGGGCUCAUGUCAUUAAUCGUAUGUGAAAACUAAUCAUAAUUUUAAUUAUACAAUUUAAUUGACCAUUUGAUGGUUAUCGAAUUUACUCAAUAAAUUUGGACUUAAUCUUACGGAACUCUGUUUUGGAGUUUUUUAACCAAAUUUGACACUUUCCUUUGUAUGACUUUGUUUAGAAUUAAUAAGUUUUAUUAAACAAUUGAUAUUAGAGUGAUAUUAUGUGUAGAAUAUAUUAUUGUCAAUGUUUUUUUCUGAUUUUUUCUAUAAUACAUGGGUGACUUCUGACUUCAAGCGAGAGUACACCAAAGACCCUUGUAAUGAAAUACGAUUUGUGUUUGCUUUUGUUUUGAAUCUCAUCUCAAUAAAACAACAUCUAUAAAUCGAAAUGCUUGCUAUUUUGUUCUUUUAAUCAUUUAAAUACCUAUAUAAUCUUUGGUCCAAUAUAAAAAAAAUAUUGGAAUGUUAUUUUGAUUAAAACAAAAUUAUAUACUUAUUAUUUAGGAAAUAUUAUUAUUUAGGGACCAAAUAUAAUUUCUUGAAUAAAUGUGCCGUUAAAUUA